GUUCAAAAGCCGUCAGCUUAGAGCAGUUGUCAACUCAGCAGUCCAAAUUAACUACGUGUAGGUCGGAGAGUGUAAAUUGGUGUGCAGUGCACUGCUGUGGGUGACAGCUCACGAUCCCGUCCUGACAACGAAGACUUCGACGACCCAAGUGGAUGUGAUGUUGUGAGUGAGAGAACGAUCGAAAGUAGUGAAAGUGGCGAAGGAAUUUUUCCCCUGUUCAAAUUCGCGCUCCAGAAGAGUCCUGACUAGGCUCGUCAACCUCCCGAAGAAGGAAGAAACGUAUUCUGAGCAGGAUAACCCGGCCACUGGGCUAACAUGGCAUCCCGAGGAGGUCCAAUGGUGAUCGGCACGGACGGUGCCGACUUCGAGCACAGGCAACGUGUGGCCGCUCAUUACCAAAUCAGCGCACUCAACAAGGCUCGGUUAAAAUAUUGCAUUUUCUUCCACUACCUGCUGUUCUUCGUAAUGCUGGUCAAACUAUCCGCCGACAUUCUGGAUCGUUUGGACAUCUUCAUCCUGGAAAUCGAGGAGCUCCAAAUACCCCAACCGCUCUGGUGGGAAUACUUUUGGUGUCUGUCCGUUUUCCUGUCCUAUUUUGGCCUGUCGGCAGCUCGACGUAAUCGGAUAAACGACAUGAAGAAGUACAUGGUUGGUAUCAGCACUAUCGCCUUCGUUCCACUGUUGUACUGUCUCAUCUACUAUUUGAACGACGUAACUGAGUACAUCAGCUUGGAAAAGGGCACCGAGCUGGAAGAUACGGACAUCUUCGUCUGGCAGGUAAUUGGCUACCCAUAUGGACUGCUGUGGUACGGAUUCGUUCUGCUGGCGCUGCAGGUGCAUUUCUUCUCGCUAUACUUUGCCUGGAACCUAAUCAAGGCCUGGAGAGUCCGCGGAACGCUGAGAAAGGAACAGUAAACCGGAAAGGUGAUCGAUCACAGCAAUUGAACAUUGAAAGACAAUAUUUUUCGAUAACAAUGUAAUGUGCUUCGAAGCAAACAAUACAUACAAUUUCACGCCAGUUUCACUACUUGACAUUACUGUAGGAAGAUCAUUUUCUCAAACUACAUAACGAAUUCAAUUCUUCCCUUCAUAUUAGAAAUACCAGAAAUCUACGGUACAUUUUUUAAAAUACGCCAUUUAGCUUAGCUAAAUCUCUUAUUGUCGUAAUUGGGCAGAAUGAACACAAAGUUAGAAACAUGACUACAACCCACAAAUUGAAAUUUCCAUGUGGGCACACCCACUUUACACUAGCCGAAAACACUGAAACGAACGAAUGUUAAGUCUGUCUUAGGCCUUCUACAGAGUACAGAUAAUUUUGAUAAUUUUUCUAUUUAGUUUAUCUAAUAUUUUAUAAAACUCAUAACGUGAACUUAAUUUAGUGUACGGAUUCUUCAUUUCAAUUUCGUUCUAAUGACACAACAAUGCAAUAAAAGCCAUUUUUGAUACUGCUCAAGAAAUAAAACCUAUUAAGGGAAUGACAUCCAAACAGAGCUUAACUGAUGUUGGAUUACCGCCUAAAAGGUGCUCCGAAACUCUAGACUAGAACACAAACGGACAAAAACAACUGAUUGUAAGGACUAAAACGAUCCCACAGUGCAAAAGUUCACCGAAGCGCAACCGUGCGACUGGAUAUAUUUUCUGAACUAAACGCAAAAGAAAGAGGCGACAUUUAUUCAUGGAAUGCAGGGAGCACGCCGGAAGGAGGAAACUUAACUGAAAAGUCAAAAUGAUAUUUAUUAUAAUGUUAUUCAACUUGUUCUUAUGAAUGAAGUAGAGAACCUAAAUCUUUAGGAGGGAGGACAAAUAAAGUUGUUGUAAUGAA